AGAUUACAAGCGAAAGAUUCGUGUUAUCGUUCUCGUAUCGUACCUCGUUCUGAAUUUUCGCUCACGAAUUUUGUUCUCAAAAGGUGAAGUUCGUUGCGAAGAUUCGCUCUCAAAACGAACUUUUCCUGCUCACGCAUACUAUCUAACGAAUCUGACUGUUCGAUAGCUGGACGCAUAUGUUGGUGUGUUUCUGAAAUCGCAUUUGACAGCCGCGCUCGAGCAAGCUGUAAGCAAUAGCUGUAUGUUUACGAACUUUGUGAUUCGAAUUUAGUGAAACAGUCAACAUUUAGACGAUUAUGCUUGAUACCCGUAAAAGGAACAAAAUGCAGCGUAGCAGCAACACGUGGACACGUGCGACGAAACUUGCGUUAAUACAGGAGUACCGUAACCAUCCCAUCCUAUGGCAGCGUGGCUACAGGGUUUCGAGGUAUACUCCGGGCAAGACGCAAGCUUGGUGCGAGAUUGCCACCAAAUUACGUAUGCCGGUUCGUGAGUGCCAGCAAAAAAUACUCUCGUGCAAAGCGAUGUACCGGAAGAUUCGAGGAUUGGUGCGCAAAAAGCAGAAGGGUGAAGUGAUCUCUCGCGAAUCAUGGUUUGGCUAUAAACAUUUGCAGUUUUUGGAUCAAAACCUCGAAAGUUCGGAACAGAAUGACAGCUUACACGAGGAGCUCGACUCGGACAGUUCUCAGGAGGGCAAGGUAGUGGAAUCAACCGAUUGUCAAAGUGCCGGUGUGUACGUGAAACAAGAAGCGUACGACGAGGAAGACUUACUUUCGCUGGGAGAACCUUCAAUCCAAGGUACUGACGUACUAGAGGACGAUACGUACCAGGAUCAAGAGGCUGAUGGCGUACUGGAAGCGGUGAAGAUGUUUUCAACAAUCCCAAACCAUACCCGUACAGAUGCGCUAGAACAUCCCAAAUGUCCAACGCAUUCGAUGAAGGUUAACGAUGAGCGACACGACAUCGAACGUCCUUUCGAUGCAUUCGGACGGUACGUGGCGGUGGAACUGAGCAAUAUGCCUCCGAGAGCUGCGAUUCUACUGCAACAGCAAUUACAUCAGUGCAUCAUUGAUGCCAAACUGCAAACUGUUGGACCAUGACCAUGAGUAGGAAGGACAAGGAUAACAUCGCACGCACUGCUAUAAAACUGCAAUGAAGUUCCUGAAAAUGGCAUGUAAAUAAAAUUAUAAUAAUUAAUUGUAUCCUCCACGUAAAGGACUUUGGUGAGCUGUCAGGUGGGAAGACUUACCGUUUCACACCGCGAGUGAAUGAGUGAGUGAGUGAGAAUCGCACCUCAUCCAUCAUCCGCUCCGUCUCUUCUGUCUGACUGCCACGAGGCAAAACAAAAAAAAACCUUGGAGAAAUGCUGGCUUUUUUGUUCACCUUUUUUUUUACCGUACAUCAUCUAAUUCGCGAACCCGUGGACUGUUCGCCCUUGCUAUUGCGUGCCUUAUCUUGUUCGCUGUGGUAAAACGGCAACAGUGAGCGAACAGAUAGCCGCCACAGUGCACGAUCGUUACCCGACCCGACACCGUGUACCAUGGUACAACUACUUCUAUGUGUUUCCCUUCAUUCACCACGUCUCGCGUAUCGUUCUACUGUCGGCAUUCUUUAUCUGCUGUUUGCUCCAUUCGUCUAACGUGGCCACAUUCUAGACGUCAUAAUAUACCGUCGUCCGCAAGUGUGCAGUUCUUUUUCGGUUCGGUUGUGGAAACGGCAGCUUGUGGCAAAGAGCGCACACUGAAAUUGCAACUGCAAACGGCGCUGCAGCACCGUAGCUUAAAAGCAAUUUACAUCCUCGUCUGUACACGGUGCCUUUCGUCGCACUCGUACCAGGGGGUUUCCCUUCAGGGACAGGGUUACCUUUUAAGCUUGUACCGAUCGCUUCUAUUCGACUGCGUGAAAUCGGAACAUUUAAAUACAAUUUUACAUUAUAUUAUUAUUUUAAAGUUGUUUUACAAGUAUAUUUUUUAAGUUGCGCAUAGUUUAAAACAAACUUUUUAGUUU